GUGUGUGUGUGUGUGUGUGUGUGUGUGUGUGUGUGUGUUCUUGUAUUCCUAUACUUAUGGGGACAUUGAUCUGUUCACACAGUCACGCCGUGGGGACCUCUGACAGUAUGGGGACCAAAAUCGAGGUCCCCAUGAGGGAAAGUGCUUUAAAUGACUUCAGGAGUCAAUCUGAAGGUGCCAGUGUGUUUUUUUUGUUUUUUUGGUUUUGGCCCAUAAUUCACAAUUUUCUGUCGGGUCACACACACACACACAUUUCUCACUAUCGCCCCCUAAGGAUCCCGGUUGGUAUUGCACUUGAUAGUUCACACACACCACUACCAAAUAUGGUAUGUACCGCCCCUUCCUUGUCCCCAUGAAGUAUGUAUUCAAAUACUAAGAACUUUUUUCAGUGUUAGUCAACAAUUAGGCUAUUGGAAACGUUUAUUUGCAACAGAUGCCAACUACAGUGCUAAGAAUUAUACUUUUUUAAUUACAUUUUAAUUAAAAUGUAUUUAUUCAAUACAAAAUGCAGCUUAUAGGAAUUGCUUUAUAAUUAAUUGAGUGCUGGAUUGAAAUAAUAUAUUUCUUGAUCUAGUAAAAGCAAUAAAACAUGGCUUCUUAUUAGUGAAUUAGCAUUUAUAGAUAUGAUAUUUUGCCAUAACAAUAAUAAGAUUAAUCAUAUAUUCCCGAUUGUUGUCUUAGAUUCAAUAGAUUGUUGUCUUAUUGUCUAAGAGUCCAAACAAUACAUUUUUCCAAUGCUAGUAAGAGGCUUGUGACUUUGGCCGUUUGCUUUUAAUGUGAAAUCAGACAGGAAGUCAAAUGUACCUUCAGGUUCAACCUCAGCCUAGAAGAAGAGCCUUUUAUCUCUGUGAAACCGUCGAAUUUGAUGCAUAUUAAGGAUUUACCCGGAGCAAGUGGCGUGUACAUUUGAAAUGCCACCAAGAAUCAGUCCCCUCACAGAUGCCUGUCACCAUGUCGGUUUAAAGACUGACAAUACAUGGAAACUGGAGGUGAAGUACAUCAAUGCAGUAAAAGGGCGUGGGGUGUUCGCCAUAGGUUCAUUCUCCAAAGGAGAUUUUAUAGUGGAAUGCAGGGGAGAUUUGAUAAGCGAUGGUGAAGCUCAAAAGAGAAGAAGAAAUUAUAACCCUGCAUGUUCUGGAUUUUUGUUCGCGUUCAAGUUGGGAGGCAAAACAUGGUGCAUUGACGCCUCUAGAGAAGAUGGUUCCUUCGGCCGCUUGGUGAACGAUGACCACAGACAUCCCAAUGCCAGGAUGAAGAGAAUAGACAUUGCAGGAAGCACACACCUCUGUCUCUUUGCUCUCCAAGACAUAAAAGAAGGUGAAGAAAUUGCAUAUAAUUAUGGAGGAGAGGACUGCCCAAGCAGGUACGUGUUACAACUAGUGUUAAGGUAUAUACAAUUCAAGAAUGUCUUGGAAUAACUUAAUGAUUGAUGGUAUCUUUUCUUUGAAACUAUAUAAAUCAAUUUCAAUAAAUGAUCAUUUUUUCUAUUGUAUAUUAAAACAUUGGAUAUUCAGGAGGCAUCUGAAUCAGGGCCAAAUGUCACUGUAGUCUGGGACGUUCCCGACGUCCCCACAAUACAUCUUGUAUGGUUUUGUUUCAGUGAAACUUUAUGUUAAGUAUCUGAUAAAGGAGAACGUACAGGUGUGCGAAAUUCAACACAGUUAAUUCAACAUGUGUGAAAUGUCCCCACUAGGCAUAGUCUAUGUGACAGCAGACAGGUUGACAAAGCAGGACAAAAUAUGACCAUAGAAUCCUUUCUCGCUAGUUUGGUGUGUGGGGAUGUAUUUGACCCAAGAGACAUGUCCUUUAGAAAAUGUAUUAAAAUAAUAUAAUAUUAUGCAGUGUUUACAUGAAAUUGACUGAUUUACUUUUUGUAUCAAAUUGCAGAUGACUACAUGUGAACCUGAGACGUCCUGUGUGAGCUCCCAGUCUGUGCUCAUGUCAGAGCCACAGUGGGAUGAAGCUGCCUGGUUAGAGGACACUGGUCACCAGAUGACUACAUGUGAACCUGACACGCCCUGUGUGAGCUCCCAGUCUGUGCUCAUGUCAGAGCCACAAUGGGAUGAAGCUGCCUGGUUAGAGGACACUGGUCAACAGAUGACUACAUGUGAACCUGACACGCACUGUGUGAGCUCCCAGCCUGUGCUCAUGUCAGAGCCAAAGUGGGAUGAAGCUGCCUGGUUAGAGGACACUGGUCACCAGAUGACUACAUGUGAACCUGACACGCCCUGUGUGAGCUCCCAGUCUGUGCUCAUGUCAGAGCCACAAUGGGAUGAAGCUGCCUGGUUAGAGGACACUGGUCAACAGAUGACUACAUGUGAACCUGACACGCCCUGUGUGAGCUCCCAGUCUGUGCUCAUGUCAGAGCCACAAUGGGAUGAAGCUGCCUGGUUAGAGGACACUGGUCAACAGAUGACUACAUGUGAACCUGACACGCACUGUGUGAGCUCCCAGCCUGUGCUCAUGUCAGAGCCAAAGUGGGAUGAAGCUGCCUGGUUAGAGGACACUGGUCACCAGAAGAGGAAACUGUUGGAGGCACGGAGGGGGAAUAAAAUCCCAGCAAAACAGAGACGCAAACUGCCACCAGCAGAAGAUGGAGCAUCUUUUCCAGUCUGUGCUGUGAGCCAUGUUCUUCCAAAGGAAAGGCUCCACUCAAAAGGGAACCAUGGCAGCCAGCAGAGACAAAAGGCCGUCGAGAGGCACAUAAAGGCUUUAAUACAUGCUUGCACUGUGCCAAAAAUGUCUAACUAAACUAAAUCUGUAGGUGGCGAAGAAGUUAAAGCUGCGUCACGCUUUGAACUAAACACUUUUUCCAUCUAGUGUCGACUGGGUUUUUGGAUUGUCGGUGCCAUUAAAGUAGCAUUAAUAAUCGUCGUAAUAAUCCUAACGAUUAUUAAUGCUACUUUAACGGCAUAGACAUUCCAAAAACCCAGUCGACACUAGAUGGAAAAAGUGUAUAGAACAAAACGUGAUGCAGCUUCCCUUUUUUUCUUCGCAACCUACAGACUUUGUUAUGUACGAUUAUUCAAACACGCCAUGUUAUUUAAUAUAGACAUUUGACCGAGGGAAACGGAGCCUCAGAGGUCGAACUUAUUCUCUCGAGGUCUAUGUGACUUCCAUUUAUAUUGUGACUAUUCUGUAUCUUGAUGCCUCUUCCUGGCCCACAAGGAUACACCAGCAGGUUCUGACAUGUAUUAACCGCACUCUGAUGGCUCGAGUCUGUGCGUGAUGUGUGUCUAUGCUAAUGUAUGUAUGUGCUGGUAUACUUUUAAAAAUAAAGUAUCAAUGCAUCUAAUUCUCCAUCCGUCUCUGGUGCUAUUUACUGUGGACCCACACCUGUUUGGGAGAUCCCUCCCAUGUGUGAGGGUGGCAUCGAUGGUGUUGGUAAAAUAAAAACCCAUACACACACAUAGUGCACGGUAAUAUCAUGAAAUAAGUUGGUAUCACGCCACAUAUAGAUGGUGGAUGGCCAAGAGGAACAUUUGCAGAGGGCAUGGCCGCCCCUGGUUCCAGGGGCUCUCGGAAAUUGAGAGGUUAAAACACCUUGGCCCUCUGGCUAUACUCUAUAUACUCUCCUCGGGCUAUAUAUAUUUAUGUACAAUCAGGUCCCCAUUAGUCACCAAAUAAUCUGUGUGAAAUAUUCUAAUUUAUGUAAAUGAUGUCCCCUGAAAGCAUGUUUACUGGUUCUUCCGGAAGUCCCCAUAAAGCCUGGUUAAACCAUCACAAAACUCUGAAACAUCAUUUCAGAGUUUUGAAGUUGUGUAUAGGUUAACUAAGCUAUGGCAAGUUUACUGAAUUUUUUUCAGCUCUCUACAACCUCUGGAAAGGGUGGUCCUCACAAGUGAUGAUUAUAAAGGUCGUCCUCAUGAGUGAUGAAAACCAGUAUGUGUGUGUGUGUGUGUGUGUGUGUGUGUGUGUGUGUGUGUGUGUGUGUGUG